AUGGUGGUAGAAAAUAGGGAAAAUUCUAGUGCACUACUCGAUACCCUUUCUCUAUAUUGCCGUAGCAGCUCUCUCAACUUUUCGUCACUUGACCGCCCCAGACGUGAGCAUCAGUCGGAGGCGGGAAACAACCAAUAUCGCGAGGAAGGGAACAAUAAGGAACGCGAAUCUUCCCCCUUAGGCAUAUCACAUGACUUGCUUUAG